AUGACCCCACGACCUCUGUCUGCAAGUGCUCCGCACGUCCACCUGCCGUCCCGUGCCGGCUCUGCACGCGGCCUCUGCAGCCUACAGUCUGCACCGCACGCGUCCGGCAGUCGCGAAAUCGUCGACUCCCUGCUGAUAACCGACCCACAGGAAGGACCAGAGAACCUGCCCACCACCACCACGUGUUACAAGAGCGUCAUCCCCGCCACACUGCUGCGAAGACACUCAGGCCCCCCUCUCAUCGCGUCGAGGAUAAAAGACGACAGUGAACGGAAAAAUGCAACGCGGCCGUCGCGCCCGCCUGAGAACACGGGCCCACCAGUGUGGAGAGCAAAGCUGCGAGCCCGCAGCACUCCCCAGCACGCCGCCAGCCGCCGCCGAAUGCUCGCGUCGGGAACCGCGAACUGUCGAUGGAUAAGGGGGGCGGGCAAGAUUUUGCAGGGGCGUGUCACCUGCGCCGCUCUCCGCGGGGCGGGUCAGUGCAGGCCGCUGCGGCCUCUGGCGACCACCCCGUCCGCAGCCUCGAGGCAGCGGCAGUCCGGUCGGCCAGACUCCUCCCGGACCCCGGCACGUGGCCACUGCCGGGCUGCGGCGGGCCACAGCCGAGGACCGGGGCGGCUGUCGCCGCAGCCGCUCGGGCACGGGGCCGCCCAGCCGCCCAGCACGCGUCGCGCCUCCCGCAGCAGUGCGACUGGGCCGUCCGACUCGGGCUCGUGCUGGCGGCCGUCUCACCUCGCACUGCUCGGGCUGCGGUCCAGCUCCAGCGUCCAGCUCCAACCGGCCGCGUGCGCCCACCCGCGGCCUGUGCUGGAGGGCGAAGGAGCGAGCCGCCCCGGCUGGCAGGCAGCGCGGCCGCGCACUCCCCAGUCGCCGAGUCGUCACAACCUCUGCAGUAGUGGAACUGAGUCCACUCCAUUGGCGACAACUCACUUGCUACUGUGGUCCGCCAGUCCGACGGCACGCCUCAGGUCGACGGCCGCACAGCCGCAGCCGCAGCCGUCCUCCGCCGCGUAG